AGGUAUUUAAAGAAAUAUAUCUAUGAACUUGGAUCGAAGAAAAACAAAGCAAAGUAUUAGAAAUGGCAGAACCAAGUGCUCGAGUGAAAUCAAUAUUCAUUUAUCCAGUCAAAUCAUGCAAAGGAAUUUCACUUUCUGAAGCACUCGUCACCCCUACUGGUUUUCGCUGGGAUAGACAAUGGUUGGUUGUUAAUGAGAAUGGGAGGAUGUUAACUCAAAGAGUUCAACCAAAGCUUGCUUUGGUUGAAGUUGAGUUGCCUAAAGAAGCAUUUUCUGAGAGCUGGGAACCUACAAGUGACUCAUACAUGGUGCUGAAAGCGCCCGGAAUGGAUACGCUGAAGGUUUCUUUGAUUAAACCCCGUGAUGUGGUUGAGCAUGUAUCAAUGUGGUAUUGGAAUGGUUCAGCUCUAGAUGAAGGACCAAAUGCAGCUGAGUGGUUUUCUAAAUUCCUUGGUAAUCCUUAUCGGUUGGUGCGAUUUGAUCAAGCAUCACAGAUUAGAGAAACGGAUCCUUCCUUUGCUAAUGGAUACAAAACCCUGUUUAAUGACCAGUUUCCUUAUUUAGUGUUAUCUCAGGAUUCGCUGAACGCACUGAACAAAAUUCUCAAGGAGCCAAUCCCAGUAAAUCGUUUUAGACCCAACAUUCUUGUUGAAGGUUGUGGACCAUUUUCUGAGGACUUGUGGAAGGAGUUUAAGAUUAACAAGUUAACGUUUAAUGGCGUAAGGCUUUGUUCUCGGUGCAAGGUGCCUAGAACUGAUCAAGAAACUGGGAUUGUUGGUACAGAGCCAACUGAAACUCUCCAACGAUUCAGAUCAGAUAAAGUCCUGCUUCCGCAUAAAAAACCUCAAGGACAGGUUUAUGUGGGGCAGCACUCAGUUUGUAAGGACUGCUUUACUGGGGAUAAAGGCAAAAUUGUUAAGGUGGGUGAUCCCGUGUACAUCGUUAAGCAACUUUCAUCUACUGCAGAGGCUGCGGCUUGAUUAUGCUGCACAAAUUUUAUUGUACCCAAAACUGAUAUUGCUAGAGCAAGGAUGAUUGUCUCUCGGAUUGGUUAAUAAUGAGUGGAAACUACUCCUAUAUGUUAACGUUGUGUACAAACUGUUCUAGACGCAUUAUAUUCAUAAUAUGCAUAUGCAUCGUGUCA